UCCUGAGGCAAACACGUUGUCUGGUGGGAAGGGGCUCCGCGGGGUUUCAAAGGCUUUCGCUAGGCGGGAGUGAGGCUUACUGGACUAGAGACCCUCGUGGCGCGACCAGGAGACGAGUUUAUCCCCCUUUGACCCGGCUCUCGGGGGCUUUUUCUAAGCUGUACCACCCUCUAUCUCAGAGUCCAUGUUUUAUGAUGCGACUUCGUGAAAGAAAGAAAGCUUUUUCAUAUUAUACCCUGAGAAGCUUCAUGAGCUGCGAAGUAAACAGGAAAAGACAAGACAAAGUUCAGAAGUAAGAACUUUGAACCAAUGCUUAGGAGACCACACAGGAAGCUGUAUGCAUAGAUCCAACUUUGCCCCCAAUCCUGAUGAUCAUAUCUGUUUUAGUUUAGGUUCCUUCAGAACAGACCUUGAUCCAAGGAGUUAAAUUGGUCCAGAUGAGUGAGCCAGCAUCUCAAGAGGGAUCCAAACCUGUUCAGGAAAAUGGAAAAGAAGAGAAAGAAAGGAAACAGGAAGCAACUGAAGUGAAAGUCCCUACUGAGAGUUCACAGAGCGUACCAAGCAGCUCUGCAUUAGACACCAGCAGCAAUGUGCCAGAAACAGCAACAGAUGAAAUCAAAUCCCAAGAAAUACACUUGGAAGAGCAAACAAAAGCCUCAACUGAUUUAAUAAAGGACUCUGACACUAAUGUCUCAAAGAAUUUUGUGGUUAGAAAACCUGCCAAAGUGAUUUUCAACUUAGAUCCAGAUGUACUGAAUUCAAAGCUAGAACAGCCAUGGAAGAAAAAUUUUUACGAAAGAGUGGAGGCAAGAGCCCAGGCAAUGCAGCAGAAAAUAAUAAAUAAGGAUAAUCUGAAGAAAGAACUAGAAAAAAAGGCUGAAAAAAAAUUCCCUAGAAAUAAUUUGGCCAAAGAGUGGUUUAAUACUGAAAACAUGACACUUAAAACUCGUGCAUAUUUGCUUGACAAACUUCUACCCACCUUAGUUCCUGGAGUGGAAAAAAUGUUAAUGCAAGUGGAAAAGAAGAAACUUUGGGCAGAAGCUGAUAUUACAACCAAGUUUGAUCCAAUUAGUCAUUUGGGGGAAUAUUUAAUGAGAAACAAUCCUUAUUAUAUCAAAGACUCAGGAAUGUCUGGUUAUCAGAGGGUGAUGAGGGAUGUCACGGAAGAACUGAAGAUACAUGUUCCCAAUACUAUUGGCAACAGAGUAUCCAAGAUGAAGGAGAGUAUUAAACAGAAACGAGAAGAAAGAGAAUGCAUAAAUGAAGUCAAAAUCAAGGUGGCCAAUACACGGAAACAGGCUCUGCAGGAGCAGUUUAGUGAAUGGAUUCUAGACCCCAAAGGAAUGAUUCCUGUGGUAGUGAUUCAGAAUGUCCUUCAUGAAUUUUUUCAAAAUCCAGAUUUCCAGCUUGAAGCAUGUUGCAAACAAUUGGAUAUUGCUGACUCAAUGGGACCAAGACUGAACAAAAUGGAAUUUACAGAAUACAUCUCCUCAUACAUUGCAGACUUUAAAAGUGAAAUGUUUGAGAAACUCCUUAAGCACCUCUGUCAUUGUGCAGAUGAAUUCCGGGAGAUCAUAAAAACGGAUAUGCGGAGGCAGAUGUUUGCUGAACUCUUCCUGUGUUGUGACCGUGGGAAGACUGGGCCAUUCAUUGAAUUUGAAGAGAUAGACUUGCCUGAGUUCUGGGGAGACAUGGAUAAUCAGAAACAUAUUUAUGAAGACUUUGACAAAGUGCUCUUAGAGAUAAAUGCAUUACUUUCUGAAAAACAUGCUAGCAAAACCCAAAGCACAUUGUUAGAAACUCCAGAAGAUCAACAUAAACAUGAUGAAUAUACAGAAUCAACACCACCAGAACAACAGAGAGGGACGACAGCAGAACAAGAACCAAACAGAAUUUCAACCAAAGAACAAGAACAAGACAAAGAGUCUAUUGGAAAAAAAGAACUAUACAGAGAAAUAGUAACAAAACAAAUCCACACAGGGUCAACUCCAGAACAAGGAUCAAGUAGAGAGUUAAUAACAGAACAAAGACGACAUAGUGAUUCAGUAACAGAACAAGGACCACCACAAAGAGUAUCAUCUUCAAAACAAGGAGUCCACAUGGAAUCAACUGCAGAACAAGGACGCCACAGAGAAUCAAUAGCAGCACAAGGACCACACAGAAGGUCAAUCUCAGAACAAGAAUCACACAGAGAGUCAGUAACAGAACAAGAACCACACAAAGGGUCACGUGCGGAACAAGAACCAUCUGGAGAGAUAAUUCCAGAAAAACAACAGGACAUAGAUUCAACUUUACAGUCAGGAAGAGGUAGUAUCUUUAGAGAAAGUAGAAAAUCUAGGGAGUCUGCUUCCUUUGAACAUACUGAAAUCCUCCCACAGGAAAAGAGGACUCAGGAGCAAAUAUAUGAAGAGGAACUAUUUGUGAGUCCUGAACUGCAAGAGGAGGUUCCAAUAUCAAGAAGAAAAUAUCAUCUUUCAGAAACUACAAAAAAGGAAGUUCAGAAAGAUCCAUCUUGUGAAAAGUCCCAAAAAAUAGAAGGAAAGUCAUGGUCAGGUGAACUUUUGACAUGUAACUGGAAUAUGGAUUAUAUCAAAUGUGAAGAAGAAGAACAAGCAAACUUACUCUACAGUAGCUCCAGGUUCACAGACCUACAUGCAGCUAUCAGAAAUAUUCAGUCUUACAAGGAAGUAAAAGGUGGGAGUGCUUUCAAUGGAGUUUCCUUCAAUCUGCUCCAGUUUGUGCAACUUCUGGAGACAUUUGUUGGUGAAGAUGCCCCCCUGAGUGUCAGUGAGACCCUCACAUCCUUUUUUAAGAGGGGCUAUGUUGAAACAAAAGAGGAGAAAAUAAGUGGCUUAGAACAGAUUAGACAUAAUGCUUCCAGAGUCCGACGGGAACUUCUCCUAGAAGCCCUGUUUCAGAAGUGGGACAGUGAUGGCUCAGGCUUCCUGGAUCUGAAUGAAGUUGAUGAACUCUUGUACACAUACAAGGAGGGAAUGGAAAAAGAAUCUAUAAAGAAAGCUAAACUACACAUCCAAUUUCCAAAGCCACACCCUGGUCAAGAAGUGAGGAUGUCUUCAAAAAAUUUUCAGAAAUACAUACAGUUGGUUGUAUCUGAACUCAGGGGCAAUGAAGAUCAUGUUCUGGAAACUGUUGUGGAGUUUCUGAUGAAUACUUUAGAAAGGAGCCCUACUGAGAACCUGAGGAAUUGUGCCAGGCGGAAGUGGCUAUACCGAAUCCAACAUGCUGCAGAGACAAGUGGGGUAUCUUUGGAGCCAGUGUACACCGAGACCUUUAAGGCCCUCACCCAGGAUGCUGAAUCCCAUGGAAAUAAGAAGAUCAGUGCUCACAUUUCCCUCUUAGAAGAAAACAGACUACUGCCUGAUAGAGGGAAUGUUCUAUUGAGGAACGUAGCUUCUACUUUAGAUGAUGCUCCAUUUGUACUGAACAGGGUACUCUACAGGGACAUGAAGGGAAUCAGCUUUACAGUAGUGGAUGAAGGGAAGCCAAUACAUGUCCCCCAGGUUCAGCACCAUGGGAACGUCUUCUUCUGGAACAAUUCCAUCAAGAAGAGUGAUCAAAAUGGUUCAUUCCUGGCUCUGCCUCUUCAGGAUGCAUAUAUGAGGGUCUUUGGGGUCAUGGCUGUUGACACCCUAAGAGAUCCCCAGAAAAUAAACAUCUUUGUGCCUCAUGAGAUCAGAUUCUAUCAGGGUGUUGCCAAUGUCUUUAGCACUGCCUAUCACUACGUCCACAGCAGGGAGCACAUCCUGCAUGUUGUGAUCACUGGCAUUGCCUGGCUCUGUGACAUCACAUCUGACAUCACCACCAUCACUACAUACUUCAUUGAGCCUGGCCCAAAGCAGGAUUCAGACUAUGUUUUACGCAAUAUGAUGGUUACAAGGCACCUGGGUCUAACAAAAAUCCACAGGAAUCCCCCUAUCAUCUUCAGGAAGACAUGCAUCUUCAGAGACUUCCUCUUUAAGUGUACAGACACUUCAGAAGUCAUUUUGGCCUCUGUCUGUGGAGAGAACCACAUAGUAAUUCCACUCCGUGAGAGAACGGGAAAGGCCUUAGGAGUUCUUGAUUUUAACAUUGGCAGAAAUAAGAUGCUACUGUAUCGAGAAUUUAAAGAUCUGCAGAAAAUGAUAAAGGUGGUCCAAGCUGCCUGCUACGAAAUAUUGGGAGAAAUAUCUGGAGAAAUAAAGAAAAACUGUAUCCUAGAGAUUGAAAAUGUAGGUGAAGUCCAGCGGGCAGGAAUUCUCUUUUUCCGAAUCAUGCUGCAAGAGCUGCAGGAAAGCCUCCAACUGCUUACCUCCUUAGACUUUGUAUCACUGUUACUCUAUGACUAUCAUCCUUCGGUAGAGCCCACAUACCUGCCAGACACCAAGUCCCAGGAGGUGGAGGCCAACACAAAACUAGUACAUGACAUCCUGUUAGCGGUUAUCUUGUUCAUUCAUCCAGAGCUGGAAUUAUCAAGUGACUUCGGAAAUUGGGACAAGUGUAAAAUGUAUGUUAAUGGACACUUUGUCGCGAACAUUUGUGCCUUUGAUCCAACUGCUAGGCAUGUGGAAGUUAAUUUAGAGCUCAUUGGUGAAUAUAUCAGAGAUCAUUCUCGAAUUGAAGUAUGGAAGUUUGGUAAUAGUGUCAUCGAACACCUAUACCACUGGGCACACAUCUGUUUAACUCUCAUGGAGCUAAGCAAAAAAACAAGUAGUGCUAUUGCACCCCCAUUGCCCUCCAAAACUGACUCCUAUGUGUGUGCAAAAAUGCCAAAGGGAAGCUUGCCAGGGAAAUGCUAAUGAAUUGGUACUGUAUUCAGGCUAUUUUUGUCAUGUUCAGUUUUGCUUGUUAACUAUAAAAUAUCUUCAAUUGGAACGGAGUGUCGCAUAGACAUAUUUUGCUCCUAGACAUUGACCUCAGCAUUUUCCAAAACGAAAAUGCUACCUAAGGAGAAAUUUGAUCUAAAAAAUAUCCAGUUAAGGUAGCCAUAACCAAAUGCAUGUUAUAGGAUAUAUUGAAAAGUUUCCUUUUAGUUUCAGCUUUGUAUCUGCAGUGGGACUAUUGUGGUUAAUUGGGUAGAAUUAUUUCAACUCCUUAAAGGUGCAAAGUAAAGACUGAGGAUUUAUGGAAAAAUGGCUAUUUUUACAUUAAAGGAGUACCAAAUAAUAAAGAUUUUAAGACAUGAA